AUGACGUCCGCCGCCUCGAACUCCAACCAGGCCAACCAGCCGACCCUUCAAAUCAACAACGCAGCCUCCCCGCCCAGCAAGCGCGAUCUCAAAUCAUGGUGGAAGGGCUUCAAAUUACCUUCAAAGCACCAAGAGCCCCAGGUCACAAACCCGCCGCGCAAAUGGUCAACCCCCUCUUCCUACAUCAAAUCUCUAAUUCGAGAACUUUUAGAAACCCGACCGCAAGGCAUCUUUGGAGUGCCUCUACGGCAGAGCAUAACAUACGCUAAUGUUGCAAUCUCACUCAUCGAUGAGAAGGGACAGAGCUACAUCUACGGCUACGUUCCCAUUGUCGUCGCAAAAUGUGGCGUCUUCCUCAAAGAAAAAGCUACCCAUAUCGAAGGAAUUUUCCGUCUUAGCGGUUCGGAAAAGAGGAUAAAGGAGCUAAAAACCAUAUUCGACUCGCCCGAUAGAUACGGAAAGGGUCUCGUCUGGGAUGGAUACACAGUACACGAUGCUGCCAACGUUUUGCGACGAUAUCUCAACGAUCUCCCCGAGCCUGUCGUCCCCCUCGAUCUAUACGAAAAGUUCCGCGAUCCCCUUCGAGGUGCGACCAAGCAAGCUGUAGGCGACGCAGAGGGUCCUCAGUUCGUAGAGAACUUCAACGAGAAGGCAGCUAUUGUGCAGUACCAACAACUCAUUACUGAGCUGCCCCCUCUGAACCGACAGCUACUACUUUACAUUCUUGACCUUUUGGCGGUCUUUGCCGCCAAAGCAGAUGAGAACCGAAUGAACUCACAGAACUUGGCAGCUAUUUUCCAGCCAGGCAUGCUUUCCCACCCGGCACACGCUAUGGCUCCCGAGGAAUACCGACUGAACCAAUGCGUUAUCAUCUUUCUGAUUGAAAAUCAAGACCAUUUCCUCAUCGGUAUGCAAGGCACUGCUGCUGAUGAGAAGACCAAGAAGGAAGUGGAGUCCGGCACUCCUAGAGGUCCUCUCACCCCGCAACCCGCUAGACAGACAAGUUUGGGCCGAUCAGCAUCCAACGCGAGCGCAGGUGCCAACAGUGUGCGACGAGACGGCAAACUUCGCAGGAACCGAUCAGUAUCGUCACGAAACUCCAGAAACGAUGGAAGCUCGACACCCAAUAGCCCGGCCCUGACAGCGACGCCGACAACAGGUGGUCUGGCGAGGAGCAACACUGUGCCGUCCAAGAAAUCGCCUGCUAUUGGCGCUGGCCGCUUUCAAAGACCUGAUGGUUCAAGUCCUCGUUCCGGCGCACACCUGGAGCCCUUGACGCAAGUCAAUGCCACGGAGAAUAUAGGAGAUUCUCCCCAGUCAACGCGUUCGUCAGAAUUUGCUGCUGGUGGCUAUCUUACUCCCAGCAAGGCCCCAGUGACAGGACGAAGUCACGAAAAGCUUCUUGAAGUGCCGCAGGAGUCUCCAACUGCUGCCAAGGGACUAGAUCUUGCGAAUAUUUUCCGUUCAAUCCCCAACACAGACGGCGGGGACAAAAGGCAACCGAACAAGCUAAAGAAGAAAAGAAUACCUGGUAGUUUGAACCCAAGUGCACAGAGCUCUGCUGCAUCGUUGACAUACACGCAUGGAACAUCAACAUCUCCGGGGAUAGAGCGCUCUAACCCCAUGGACCACCCGCAGCAUCACGACCCAGAGCCACAGGCACUGCAACAGCAUCCCGCUCCCGUACUAGAAGAGAGACAUCAGGAAGCAUUGGAGGAACGCCAGCAUCAGCAGCAGCUCCAUGAGGGAUCACAACUACAAACUGUUCAUGAUGCUCAACUUGCACCCGUUCCCUUGACACAGCAAAAGAGUAAUGUGUCAUCUGAGCAUACCCCAAGAGCUUCUCAAGCGUCGUCGAACCAAAGUCUUCAUCCAGACAACACACUAAAAUCGAAAAAGUCGCCACCAACAUCAUUGCACUCGUCUUUUAACGAAGGAUCGGACUUGGAUCAGAUUCUCGAUGAGCAGUCAGUCAGCACUGUUGAUCAAGCAGAGAGGGAAAAGAAGAGACGCUGGCGGUUGUCAAGAAGUAGGAACGCUGACAGCGGCUCAUCCGCGGGUCUCACCUCGCCACGCCUGGCUAUUGGACAGAACGAUAAUGGAGAUGUCAGCAACCUGUCAAUUUCGAGUUCUAGUCACAGGCCUCGAAAAAGCGAGAGUUCAGACCGACCCUAUAUGCUUGCUGAAGCACAAGGUAGUUUUGACCAAGGUAGAGAGAGCGAUUCCAAGGGUCCUAUAGGAUGGAUCAGGAAUAAGUAUCGCGAAGCAAAGGAGAGUGCGGAACAAAGGAGGGCUAAGUCUCCUCCUCCCGCUGAUCGUCCUGGUUUAGGCGCUUCAAGCUUCUCUCCCCGAGGGAAGAGCUUGGAGAUCAAGAGAGAUGAGCACCAUGGCUCACUUGCAGCUAUAGCCGGUGCCCCAGCUGUUGCUUCCACCAACACCGCGGCGGCAGGCCCUACCAUGGUGCCGGCACCUGCAGGAGUACCAGCUCCCCAGACGGCUACAGUGACAAUGGUGCAACCCGAUAUUACAUCCCCUGUUCAUGAGCCUCAUGUGGAAGCCCAAACAUCGCCUACAGCUCAAAUACAUGAUCAAACGACGCCAGCUCAAGAUCAGCCUCGAUCUCCUACUCAGCCGCAAACUCCAGCUCCAGCCCCGAUGGAAUCCCCAAAGCCACAGGCUCAAAAGAUCAGAUCGAUGCUUGAUGUAGACAGUCCUCCAGUAUCAUCACCGUUACAAUCUCCAACUUCGCCAUCGGCCCCUGCUCCUACGAACACGCAGUUACACGCACAACAAGAAUCCAAUUUGCCGCCAGAGUCGCAAUCAGAGAACAAACCUGUCGAGCCUACGGAGCAAACGUCUGCAGCAUCACCAGUGCAGCUCGAACAGCCACAAACUGAGCAACAGCAAUCAAACCCGGAGGCUGAAACAGAGAUACCAAAAUAG